CAGUAGCCUCGGCGGUCGCACACUCGGACCAACACAACUUCACUUCUCAAGACGCGCUUGUCAAACUCGCUGUCCUCCUACAGCCUUGUCAAGUUUGUCCCUGCACAACACCUCAAUGCGAAGUACGCCAGCCGCCUUUCUUCUUCUCUGGCUUUUCAUCUCCCCUCGCUUGUCUUACUACCUUUCGCCGCAUUUUGCAACGUCACUUCAAUUCCGCCAUGGUCUAGUCUCGAUUUUCUUGUCCACAACUCGAUGUCGCGACGACCCAACACCUUUGCCUCACAUUGCCUCGCCAUUCAGAACCAAACCUCUAGAGCCGACACAGGCCACCAUGGCUACUGCGGCACUCCCCGCCGUAGUGCUCGCGGCGGCUACAAAUGACCCGGCGAUUGAAGCGUCUUUGAUGGACACGCAAGAUGCCUCUUCUACGUCGGCCGCACCGGCCCCCGGCCGACGCUUCACUGCUGCCGACCUCCCCCUUCCAUCAGCAACGCGCGCUGCCAUCGAUUCGCUCGCUCAUAGCUAUAAGAAGAAGGGUGGUUAUGAUGCUAUGCGGAAGGAAGUUUGGGACAAGUUCGCCGCCAGCGACUACGAGGCCCAAGUCACCAAGGCCAUUCUCGAAGUCGCCGAACAAGAAGUUGAAAAGCACCCUGGUCGAAUCCUCACCCUCGACCGUGGCAAGGCCGCCGCCCUAAUCGACGGCGCCCUCGAACGAUCAGGUGUCUACCAAAAGGCCCAGGAAGUCAUCACCCAGCUCAUCGACCGCGACGCCAUCCAACAAGGUAUCCGGGAGCUCCGCCGCGCCGACAUUGGAGACGAAGAAGCCGAAGCUGAGAGGAUCCGUGGCGCCAAAACGGACGAGGAGUACUACCAGGAGACCCUCGAGAGGCAGGCUGCACGUGAGCAGGAGCGCGAGAACCUGCGGAGGCUGGAGGCCGCCAUCGAGGAAGGGAAGCGUGAGAUCGCCCGUGAGGAGCGCAAGAGGCUUGAGAAGGAGCGUGAGAAGGCCGAGAUCAGACGCAGGGAGGAGCGGGAUGCCCGCCGCGCCGCACGCGAGGCCGCCGAAGCCCAGAGGGAGAAGGAGCGGGAAGAACGCCGGAAACUCCGAGAGCUCGAGAAGGCUCGCCAGGCCGAGAGACCACCACAGAGCCGUAGUCGCAGUCCAAGCCGACACCGAGAUCGUGGCCGGGAUCGUGACCGAGAUCGCGACAGAGAUAGAGACACGGAAAGGGACAGACACAGAGACAAAGACAGAGACAGAGACAGAGACAGAGAACGGCAAUCUCGCCACCUCGACGACAGUCGAGAUGGUGACCGCAGCCGGGAGAGGAGGGAACACGAGGACAGGGAGAGGAGACGUCGCGAUCGAGAGGAGGAACUGCGGAAGGCGAAAGAAGGCCUCUCCAAGGAACAGCUGGAACAGCUCGAGCAGGAGGCUCUGGCCGAUCUUCUGCGGGAAUGCGGCAACCCCGAGCCAAAGCAGCCCGAGUUGGAAAUCGACGAGGCACUCGCUCUCGCCCCGCCUCCAAGGAAGCUUGCCCGCGCUUCCGCCAUCAUGCCCCUCAAAAAGGACUCGCCCCGCGACUCUCCCAAGCUCUCCGACAAGCGCGCAGCCGAUUCGGCGGCCUCCAUCGCCACGCCGGACACUAAGAAAGACAAGGAGAAAGCUCACGGAACCGCCACGAAGCCUCCGUCUGAGCUCCCGAAGGAACGUCAUCGAGACAGCGACAGGGACCAAGAGGACGAAAAGGAUAAGCUCCGGGAUCGGACUCAUCAUCAUCGCCCUCGGGACGAUGGCGGUCCUUCCAGAAAAAACCACCGGUCGGAGUCACCACGACCCCGGCAUCGUUCUCGCGAAAGGACUGAGCGGCGGGAGAGGUCACGCUCAAGACACCGGCGGGACAGGGAGAAAGACAGGGUCAGGAGUAGGAGCAGGAGUCGUGCUACAGAACGACGUGAGAGGAGCCGCUAUGACCGAAGAGAUCGCAGCCGUGAACGCAGCCGCUCCCGCCAGCGCAACGACAGGUACGACCGAGAUAUGAGUCGUCCCCGUCGACACGAUCGCGAUCGGGCGAGAGACCGAGACAGAGACAGAGAUAGGCACAGGUCCCGCUCCCCACGCCACCACCGACUCGACCGUAGCCGCUCCGCCGCCACUACUAGCCGCCGCGAUCGAGACCGAGACCGGGAUCGCGACCGAAGGAGCCGUUCCCGUUCCCGUUCCCGUUCCAGUUCACACACUCGCUCCCGCUCCCGCUCCCACCGCCUCUCCUCGCGCCUCGACCACAAGGAAGAGCGCGCCUCGCACACACGCAUGGAUGAGGUCCGCCGGCGCGAGAAGGAAGCCAAGGCAUACCUCGCCGCCCAGCGCGAAGCCCGCGAAAAGGGCCUCCCUAUUCCCGGUAUCGACGACAAGCGGAAUGCUCUUAACAAUAACAACCACAACAACAACAACAACAACAACAACAACAACAAUAAUAAUAAUAACGCUGCCGUCGCCACUGCCGCGACCCCUGCAUCCGAACAUGCCGACGAUCGGUCCCCCGAGGCGAAACGCAAACGCGAUUUGGAGGAUAUUGACCGCUACGUGCCCCCCGGACGGGAUAAGGAACGGCCGCACGAUCUAGUCUCGAAACGGGACGAUCGCGAACAUGACCACGAGAGGGAUAGGAACAGGGAUAGAGACAGGGACGUGGACAGGGACCGGCAUCGAGACAGGUCUCGUGACCGCGAAAGGCGUGAUCGGAGGAGGAGCCGGUCGCCCAGCCGGACCCGGGACAGGGGCAGAGAUCGCGAUCGGGAUCGCGACCGCGACCGCAACAGAGACAGGCGAGAUCGUGAUCGUGAUCGUGAUCGUGACAGGGACAGAGAUCGGGACCGCCGCAGCCGGAGGGACAGGAGCACGAGCGUCUCGUCCCGCCGCGACAGGAGCCACAAGGACCGUUAGCUGACUCGGUUAGGACUAUGGCUCGAGGGUAUAUGUCUUAGUGGUGAUAGAACGAAUACGUGUAAGGGUUGGUACGCGCCUCAAUUGGUUACAAUUAGAAGAUAACGGGACAACAUCCACCUUACCGCCUGUCAAAACGCACCGGAAUCCAAGACUAUGUGAC